UGUUUAUUUCGAAUUUUUCGAACACCGGCUUUACCUGUCAAAGUAUGCAUGUAAACAAAAAUAGUUCGGUAUCUUCUCCCUAAUUUCUGUGAUUGCUUCUAGGCGAAAUGAACGAAUUCAACCACAAAACCGUGUUCGUGUUGGACCAUACGCCGUACUUUGGAAUCUCGUGCGAAUCGCCCAUCGAUUGCGAUUUCAUCAAGAGCAAAAUUCCGAUACCUCCGAUCAGCAAAAGUCUGUGGACAUGUGCCGUGGAGGCAUCGGUCGAGUACUGCCGGAUCGCGUGGGACUUGUUCCCGGCGGGGAAGCUCAUCCGGUUCGUGGUCAGCGAUACGGCGGCUCACAUAGUGAACACUUGGAACGUAAGCACCCAAAGUUUGACCCACGUCAUGAAUGCCAUGUCGAUGGUGGGCGUUCCCCCGAGGCAAACCCAAGCCAAUGACUAUUCGGUCAUACAUGGGUUGAGGGCGGCCAUUGAGGCGCUGGCCGAACCGACCGAUUUCCAAAAGGAACAACUGGCGGGGAAGGAGCACACGGUUUAUAAUCUGGGACGGGUCAUCUGCAUCACUUCGGCGCGGGACGAUGCCAGCAUGAAGAGCCUGGAGGACAUUUUCCGGACGGUGCUGGUGCAGCAAAAUACGAUUUCAGCGAACCACAAAGAAUACCUAAACAUUGACCGGUGCCACCUGGUCAUCAUCAAUCUCUACCCGGCGAACAUGGAAUCGAUGGUCAACAAUCGGGGCUUGAUCGACAUUUCUCCGAUUCUGAAGUCGGAAAUUCAUUCCAACAAAGCGAACAGGAUCUCCAACAAGCUGACCCAUCUGAUAUUGCCACAUUUUGAUCUGGCAAGUACGACGGUGACGGGCAUUCCGAUGAAGGAGGAGCAGAAUGCGAGCUCGAGCGCGAACUACGACGUAGAGAUAUUCCACGGAAGCAAAGCCCAUUCGGUGUUUUUGGGCACGGAACUAGUACUGCCACACAGUAUAAAAGAUGGUUCGGAUUACGAAACGGUGACGCUGAAGUGGUGCACUCCGAGAAGUUGUGGCUCGUCGGAAAUGCAACCCUGCCUGGCGCAGUGCCGUGUUACUCCUGUAAGUAACUUUCUUUUAUCUAAUCAAAUCUAACAGUUGCAAAGUCAG